AUGCAAGAUAGACGUGGCCAGGGCCGUGAACGGGCUUGUGCAUGUGAUGCGCUGCCGGAAGUUGUCCAGGUGAUGUUUAUCAUCGCAUCUGGCUCCGGGCGCUUGACGAUAUCGGCAUCAUUGACCAAUGGUGUUCGCCCGCCCCUGGCGGCCUUGCCCAAUGGCAACCUACUGAGCCAGGAAGGCUACCUCCUCAAUGUCGACAAGAAUCCCCUAAUUCAUGGAAUACUCAAGAGAACAUUCUACAACCAGUUUUGUGCGGGCGAGACGCCAUGGGAGACAAGACAAUGUGUCCGCCGUCUCAAGGAUCUCGGGUUCAGCGGUGUCAUUCUCACAUAUGCUCGCGAGACAGUCUUCGACCACAAAUCUGACCGGUCAGGCAUACAAGGUGUUUCCGAACCCAAGGGUGUGGCUCAAUCCACUGUGUUCUGCAAGCAUAUCGACGAGUGGCGGAAUGGAACACUCGAGACCAUGAAGCUGAUCGAGAACGGGGACUAUCUUGCACUCAAAUUGAGCGGAGCAGGCCCCAGUGUCACUGAAGCCUUCGCCACCGGUCAGCCAGCACCACAACAGUUUACCGAUGCCCUGAACGAAAUCUGCUCCAACAGCAAGGCACGUUCGAUCAGAGUCAUCGUCGACGCCGAGUCUCAGCAUUUCCAGAAGGGCAUCUCCGCGGCCACACUUGACGCCAUGCGCAAGUUCAACCGUGAUGGUUCUGCCGUCGUCUACAACACCUACCAAGCCUACCUGAAGCGCACGCCGGACGUGCUCGCCAGCCACCUCGAGGCCGCCGGCAGGGAUGGCUUCACGCUCGGCCUCAAGCUGGUGCGCGGCGCUUAUAUCCUCUCAGACGACCGUUCCUUGAUCCACGACUGCAAGCAGGACACCGAUGAUGCGUACAACGGCAUCGCCAGCGGCGCCAUCAAGCAGCACAUUGGCGAGUUUGGAGCCGAGGGCGGCAAGCCGUUCCCCUCGGUGAACCUCUUCCUGGCCAGCCACAACAGGGAGAGCGUCCUCGGGGCCCACAAGCUGCACCAGGAGCGGACGAGGCAGGGCCUCCCCACCGUGCCUGUGGGAUACGGCCAGCUGCAUGGGAUGUCGGACGAGGUGAGCUUCUCGCUGCUUGCCGAGAGGACCGGGCCCAGUUCCGGCCCCGAGGUCUACAAGUGCUCUACGUGGGGCAGCAUGGGCGAGUGCGUGGCAUAUCUGCUGCGGAGAGCCGUCGAGAACCGCGACGCGGUGAUGCGGACGACUGACGAGUACACGGCACUCAAGUCUGAGGCGUGGAGGAGACUCAGGAUUGGAUCAUGA